UGCAAUACUUUUAACUUUUACAUAAUUUUAUAUAUAAUUAUUUAAUUCACUUUGAUUACUCCAUAACUUUGAUGGUUUAUAUUUUUCAAGUAUUGUAAGUAAAAAAAAUUAAAAAAACCAAAGAAAAUAUAUUUUUCAAUAGAGUAUAACUCAUUUGGCUUUAGAGUACAAACAAUUUUCUUACGACCAACUUUUAUAUGUGGCUAACUAUAUUGAGGGUUACAUUAUUAGUGUUAAAAGGUUUUUUUUUUGUCAAUAUUAUAUAGUUUACUCAAUCAAUAUUUACAAUAAUUAUUUUGUCAAUAUUAUAGAGCUACUUCAUCAUUGCUAUAAAAAUUUACUCAAUCAGAAAUAACCACCACAUAUUAUGAACAGCCACACACACAUAAAACAUGUUUACACAAUUUUGAGAAUUGUGUUACUUAAAAGUCAUGUACUCCGCAUCAAGUAAAAAAUAAUAAAUUAAUACAAGUAAAAAAAAAAAAAAAGAACCUUCCUUGAAAUAUGGCGGACUUUUGCAUGCAUAUUGGCGCGAAUUUACUUCUGGCAAGAAACUAUCAUCCCAUUGCAACAUCACAUAUUCACAUCCUUCUCUCUGAACUCACCUACCUACAUUUAUUUCUCUCUCUCUCCUCAAUUCAGUCACCUUUUUUUUUGGUUCUUACUAUUCUUAUAAGUACAAUUUAUUCCUCUGUUUCUAGAAAUUUUCCUUUUUUCCAAGAAAAUUUAAAAUAUGGAAACUUUACCAGUAGGGAAGAGAACAAGGAGUCAAAGAGCAAAAAUGUUAAUGGAGCAAAACAAAAGGGCGCGCUUGGCUGCUAAAAGGGAGUGGAAGAAGAAAAAAGAUGGAAUUUUUGAGGGUAAAAUUGGAAUUAAAGAUGAAAAUUUGAUGGAGGGUAGUGAAGCUAUGGUGAUUGAUGAAGAAGAAUUUUUAAAAGGGUUUCAAAAAUUAAAAGAAUCUGAGAAGAAUUCACAAAUUCAGGAUUUGGGUUUUGUUAAAAAAGAAGUUUUUGAUGAUGAUGUUGAUCAUGGAAAGGGGGUUAUGAUGAUGGAUGAUGUAAAUGAUGGUGAAAGUGAUGAUUCUUUGCAAAUUUUGGGAGAAAGAUGGAAUCCUCUUGGGUUGGAUGAUGAUGAUGGUGAGGAUGUGCAUGAUGAUGGAUGUCAUCCUUUGACUAUAGAAAUCAACUCUGAUGAUGAUGAUGAUGUUAAUGAUGAUGGUAAUGGUGAUGGUGAAAUGAAGGGAGAUGAAGUUAAGGAAGGUGGAAAUUGUGAGGAAAAAGUUGAUGAUGGUGGUGAUGUUGAUGACGUAGUUUAUGAUUUUGAGGGUUUAUCAAGUGAAGAAGAUGAUGUUGAAUUGGACAAGGAUUUUGUGGGGAAGGAAGAUGAAUCUUCUAGUUCUUCUGAUGUGUAUUCAAGCUCAGAGUGUUCUGUUAUAGAAGUUGAUGAAAAUGAUGAUGUACUUCUUCAUUAUUAUGAUGAUGAAUUUGAUGAUGAUGAUGAUGAUGACAAAAGAGGAGAUAGAAAUUGUGAUAGUGGGUUAAAAAAGAGUGUGUCAAUUGUAAAGGAGGAAGAAGAAGUUGGGAAGAUGAAGGGUCAAUUGAGUGGUGAAAAGAGGAAAAGAGGGAGGCCCCGGAAGAACAAGAACACGGCCGAGGUUGAAUAUCAACCAAUGAACAAGAAUGUCAAGAACACGGCCGAGUUGGAAUCUCCAUCUAUUAAGAAUAGAGUUAAGAAGUCUACUAAAGAUACUGAGCUUCAGAUUAGUAUCUUAAAUACAAUUUUAGAGGGGGGAGAUAAAGGAAUAGGUGAGAAUUUGCCUGAUACAAGUGAUUUUUAUCUUCCAUUGAAGUUCAAAUUUGGUGUUGAGAAGUUGGUUGUGCAUGAAAAAUCAGAAGAUGAGUUAGAAGUUGAAAGUUUGUUCAAUGAUCUUGAUUAUGCUCUUCGAGCUUGCAAUAUUGGUGCUGAUAAACCUACAGUGUAUAACAAUGAUGGUGACAGUGAAGAUGUUCCUUCUGAUGAUGCCAUUUCGCAAGAGGAGCUUUGCGCUAAAGGGAAGCAUUAUCUCAUUCAUGAUGAUGAAAUUGGAGUGAUUUGCAAAUUCUGCUCGUAUGUACACUUGGAGAUAAAGCAUGUUAUGCCAGAUUUUAACAAGGAUCCAUUUGGAAUGGGGAACAGAAGAGACUAUGGACGGUUCCUGUAUAAUAAUAGCAUGGCCUGUGAUGGGUUUCAGUUUCAUGACUCUAGCUAUGAUCGUCAAGGUGAUCAUUUUAGCCCCUCUGAUGAUAUUCAAGGCACAGUGUGGGACCUCGUCCCUGGGGUUAAGAGGAAUUUGUACCCUCACCAGCGUGAUGGGUUUGAGUUCAUCUGGAAGAACAUUGCUGGAGGAAUAAAGAUUGAUGAACUUCUCGAGCCUACUGCAUCUGGUUUGGGUGGUUGUAUCAUAUGCCAUGCUCCUGGGACUGGAAAGACCCGUUUAGCUGUCGUUUUUGUUCAAUCUUUCAUGAAGCAAUACCAAAUGGCAAACCCUCUUAUCAUUGCGCCUAGUGUCAUGCUCCGAGCUUGGGAAGAAGAGUUUGCAAAAUGGAAAUUUGAUAUUCCCUUUUUCAACUUAAAUGAGAACGAGUUGUAUGGGAAAGAGGACCCUGAAAUCCAAACUUACGCCAGGGAUACCAAAAACGACAAGACAAUUCGAUAUAUUAAGUUGUUGACUUGGGCCUUAGGGAAGGGUGUUUUGGGUGUUAGCUACUGUCUCUUUGCAAAACUUGCUGGUGAGGAGGGCACUAAUAAGAAGGUUAGGGAAAUUCUUCUUACAAAACCUGGUAUUCUAGUGCUGGAUGAAGGGCAUAUUCCUAGGAAUGAGAAAAGUAACAUAUGGAAAGUACUGUCUCAGAUAUCCACAAAGAGACGGGUGAUCUUGUCUGGAACCCCGUUUCAGAACAACUUUGAGGAACUUCAUAACACAAUUGCCUUGGUCAGAGAAGAAAUUGGAACUCCGAUUCUAUCAGCAUAUUAUGAACAAGAUGAUAGAAGAAUCGAAGAGUUGAAGAAAAGGAUUAAACCCUUUGUGCAUGUCCACAAGGGGGAGAUUUUAAGAGAGAGACUCAAGGGGCUAUUCCAUUCACUGAUCAUGCUAAAACCCUCUAAUCUUCAGAAGAGGUGUUUUCAACACUUGGCCGGGAAGAGAUUAAACAGAUUUUUAUAUGAUAAUUUGGUCUCAAUAACUUCUGUUCACCCUUCAAUCUUUUGUGAUGAGAAUGUCAAGACACCUAAUUUUGUCAAUGAUGCACUCAUGGAUCUUUUAAAGAAGCACAAAACAGACCUUAAUGCUGGGAUAAAAACCAGGUUCCUUGUUGAGCUCAUCAAGCUGAGCAAGGGAGAGAGAGUGCUUGUGUUUGGCCAGUAUAUACCUCCCCUGAUCUUCAUAGCAGAUUUGCUCAAAGCUGCUUUUGGUUGGAACAUGGGUAGUGAAUUGCUUUAUAUGCAUGGGAAGCAAGACAUGAAGGAGAGACAAUCCAUGAUACGGCUUUUUAAUGAUCCUAAAAGUGAAGCUCGGGUUCUUCUGGCUUCAAUAAAGGCAUGUGGUGAAGGGAUACAUCUUGUGGGUGCCUCGAGGGUAGUUUUACUUGAUGUUGUCUGGAAUCCCUCUGUGGAAAGGCAAGCAAUAAGCAGAGCUUAUAGGCUUGGCCAAGAAAAAGAUGUAUUUGUUUAUCACUUGAUCACCUCAGAGACUCGGGAAGAAGAGAAGUAUCAGCGGCAGGCUACAAAGGAGCGUUUAUCAGAGCUAAUGUUUUCUUCAGAGGAAAGCGUGGAGAAAAUGAAUACAAGGUCAAGGAUUUCAGAAGACCGUGUGCUGGAAGAAAUGAUCCUUCAUGAAAAGACGAAGCCCAUGUUUGUGAAAGUUAUAUACCAGCCCAAAGCUGAUAAUCUGAUCGAAAGCUUUAGUAUGGACUCCUGACCUUGUAGCAUGGUUCAGGUGGUAGUUAGUCACUUAGAUCAGUUAGAUAUAGGAUUCUGACUUUCCUGCCUUCCAGGUACUUUGGUGUUUUGAUUGUAUUUUGUCAAAUGCCUGGGUUUCCAAAAUGGAGCCUGAACAACUGUAAGUGCAAUUUUUUGGCUCCAAAUUAUGUAAUCUGGACUUUCUAACAGCACUUCUCUGCAAAUCCACAAAA